UUUUAAAAGGUUUUUACCCACAAGAGUGCGGGUAACUCUCCUCGUAAAAUCUAAAUGUAACGCCGCGUAUGAUUGCAAUUUUCAUAAUUCCAGGUGUUACUUGUAAGCAAAUGUACUUUGUUCCAAGCUUGAACGGGUCCGAACCUCCUUCUUCUCCCUCCAUCGCUCUCUCUAUCUCAGAAAUUAUUCUAUCCAAGAGAUGCUUCGGUGGGCCCAUUUAACCGCAGGGAUUCUCUCUGUUGUUGUCCUCUCUUCUCUCCUUGUAGUCUUCCUCCGUCGCUGGUGCUUUCUCCGCCAACCAGAGAUCACCACAUCCCUUAACGCGGCCAGCCCUAUUGGGAGAGAUAGCUUCCAGGCUAGAAUCUCAAAGCUCCACCAUACGAGCCUCAUCCACCAGCUAGAUACCUCCGACAUCAAGCGCAGAGGAAGUAUCAACAACUAUUCCCUCUCCCGAAGCGCCAAAACCGGAGGACUCCCGUCAAAGCCUGGUCUAUUCAUCUGGACGGAGCAUCUGGCUUUGGUGAACGAAGCGGUCGAGAAUGGCUGGACAAGGUUUGGAUUCUUCGUUCAUGCACCGGCUCCUUCUGUGAUCGGGGCCUCACUGGGAUCAGUUCUUCCAGGGAUUUCCACGACCGCAGGAGGCAAAGAUCCCGGUGUAGUAAUCACAUGGGAAGUGUCAAACGGCUCCGUGGGAUUCACACAAACGAUCAAGUUUAAUCAAGCGUGCAAAGAUACGGUCAACAACAAAAGAAACCCUUUGAUGGUUCUCCGGGCAGCUUUACCACUUCCCGGACCACAACUUGUAAGUUCUGCUUUCCCACAAGAGGCUUACUUUGAAAUCAAAAUCCUGGAAAUCCUCCAACACGGCUGCGGAUUCAGUGAGGGUGGUAACAACGUAGGUUGGGACCUCGCAUCAAUGGAAAGUGAAAAGACCAAGUUGUUCAAGAGCCAAGGAUUAAAACUUGUCGAAACAAAAGAAUGCGAUGGGGAAAACGAAGAAGCCAUUUUGUCCCUAGGACUAGCGACGGGUGGUUCCUUUAGAACCGGCGAGACACAACUACCAGGAAAGUUCUUGGCUUCUAUUGGGUUCCAAUCCGACGGUGCUGUCUAUCUUGAUGGAAUGAAGCUGGUUUGUGAAUCGGAGAAACAUGAGUGGGCAAAAGAAAACAAAGUGGUUGGUUGUGGUUACGAUCCGAGUAAGAAGAAGGUUUACUUCACAGUCAACUCACACUUAGUUCACGUCAUUAACUGUAAAGCAGAAGAGUUCGGGACACCUCUCUACCCUACUCUUGCUUCCAAAACAGAGGCCACAGUACUUGUCAACUUGGGGCAAUCUCCAUUUUAUUACGGCCCGGCAAACGGGCAGCGCACACCCAAUCCAUGUGCUGGUACUACAGCUGGGCUCGGCGAUAGCAAAGAUUUGUUUUCCAUUGGAAGAAUAGAGACUCCAUAUUUAAGCAAUUUUUCAAUUACUAGAGGAAAUAGUGACGAGAUUACAAGUGGAAGGACGACCGUGGGAAAUAGUCAUAGAUGUAAGCUUGACUAUGACGAAGAAUCUGAUGCUGAUCUUUUUGAAAUUGCGCUUGAACGUUCUGUAAAACCAAACCCAUCAUAGUUAUAGAAUUGUACUUAUGAUCCACUCAUACAUUGUAUGCAUUGUACAAAUAUAGCUAGUGACUACAAGCUUGUCCAACAUGCAAGUAGUCAUUGACUAUCAACAAUACCAGAAGAAAACAUGACGUUAUCUGUA